AUGGCAUCUUCUUCUUCUUCUCCAUCGUCCACGGCGAUCCAGAUAACUCCACCAAUCAAGAACGAUGAUAGUGAGAUAGUAGUUACAGGCACGGCAGUGCCAACUCCUACCAUGAACAAGGUCAUGUCGAGUGUCGCGAACCUUGCGCAGCUCCUGCCGACGGGCACGAUGCUCACAUACCAGGCAUUGUCCCCGUCCUUCACCAACCACGGCAAGUGCGAGACCUCCAACCGGUGGCUCACCAUGGUGCUGGUUGCCGCCCUCGCCUCCGCGUGCCUCUUCUUCUCCUUCACAGACAGCAUAGUCAGUCACCGUGACGGAAAGCAAUAUUACGGCUUCGCCACACCACGCGGCUUCAAAGUGUUCAACUUCUCCAACGAGGAGGAGAGGCAGGAGUGGAACGAUAUUUACAAGUUUCAGAGGCUACGCCUCGGGCCACUGGACUUUGUGCAUGCCUUCUUUACGGCCGUGGUUUUCCUCACGGUGGCGUUUAGCGACGUCGGACUGCAGACCUGCUUCUUCCCGGACGCCGGCGGGAACACCCAAGAGUUGCUCAAGAACUUGCCGCUGGGAAUGGCGUUUCUAUCCAGCUUUGUGUUUAUCAUCUUCCCCACUAAAAGGAAGGGCAUCGGAUUCAACGACACUACUCCUCCCCAGAAGGUUGUCCAUCCCAUGAAUAAAGUUUGA